CCUUCUGCAGGUCUUCUGUCCUGGGCGGCAUCUCCAGGGUGGGCUGGGAAUGUCCCCCCCCAUCCGAAACUCUGGAGAGCUGCUGCCAGUCAGUGCAGGCUACUUGAAGAAGGAUAUUGAGCAGCUGGAUGGUGAGCAGAGGAGGGUGACCAGGAUGAUGAAGGGUCUGGAAACCAAGCCUGAUGAGGAAUGGUUGAGGCAGUUGAGUAUGUUUAGCCUGGAGAAGAAGAGACUGAGAGGAGAGAGGAGAGCCAUCUUCCAAUAUCUGUGGACUGCAAGAGGGAGUAAGCUUGUUUUCUGCUGCUCCAGAGGGGAGGGGAGGAGAGGAGAUUCAGACUAAACAUUAGGAAGAACGUUCUGAUGGUAAGACUCUCUGGGAUGGUGGUGGACUCUCCUUCCUUGGAGGCUUUUAAGCAGAGGUUGGAUGCCAAUCUGCAAGGGAUUCAGCUGCAAUUUGGGAAGCACAUAGCACUGGCCUACUUUACAGGGUUGUUGUAACCACACAGGGCUGCUGAGCAUCCGAAAGUGCCUGACAAAUGUUGAGCCUUCCAUUUCAUUGUGAGGAACAGCUGCAGCUGCAGGAGGCGUCCCUCAUCUUUUGUUUCUUCUCUCUCCUGCAGCCAAAGGGGCCGGGCUGGAUUACCAAAUAGGCAGAGUAGGCACUGGCCUAUGGGCCCCACACUUUUUAGGGGUCCCGCGACAAUGGAUCAAAAUAAUAUUUUGAUCUUGAAAGAAAAUGACAAUCAAGCUUUCUUAGUUCAAUGUUAUUCCAGUGUGCGCAUGAGGCCUGCCCCCUGACCAGAUUUUGACUGCCAAGGGGCCUCCACAGGGUUUAAUUCAGCACUGCCCUGUGAACGGCCCAGUAUACCAAAAGGAGCAUCUCCACCCCCAUUGUUCAGCCCGGACACUGAGAUCCAGCUCCAAGGGCCUUUUGGCGGUUCCUUCCCUGAGAGAAGCGAGGUUACAGGGAACCAGGUAGAGGGCCUUCUCGGUGGUGGCAACUGCCCUGUGGAACGCCCUCCCAUCAGAUGUCAAGGAAAUAAACAACUCUCCGAUUUUUAGAAGACAUCUGAAGGCAGAGGAGUAGGAAGGGGAGUAGAUGGGUGCAGAACGCCACAGGUGUUUCGUGAGCCCAAUUUUUUUAAACAAAAACCUUCAUAUUUUUGUCAUUUUGUCACCCCCCUCAGUGAUGACACCCGGGGUGACCCACACACCCCGCACACCCUUCCUCCACCACUGGCUCUUCUUGUGUUCUAAUUAAGCUCUUUAAGAGUGGGUGCAUAUCUGCACUGGUGCUUGUUUUUUGCAGUUGUACUCACACAGCACCUCAGCUUCCUGCAGUCCACAUCAAUAGUGGGCUGCAAAUGAGUGAAAUUAAGUAAAAAGAUUAAUUCAUAAUAAAUUCUCAUCAUGAAAAACAGGUUUUAAGUGCUUAUGCUCACAAUGUUAAGUAAAUAAAUCAGAAAAUAACACUUGCAACUGUAAGUAUCUUAUAUUUCCUUCUUUUAAUAAUUUCAAUUUGGGGGUGACAAUAAAUUUUAUGCACUGGGGACAGAGGGGUCUUUUCCCAUUUAUGAAGGAAGUGUCCCAAGGGUCACAAUUUGGGAACACCAUUUAUUUAUUAUAGAUUGGACAACCAUAUAUAGAUAAAUAUCUAAUAUACUAAAAUGUUCUGUCUGCAUAUCUCCACCGCUCUCUUCAUUAAACCUAUGGACAGGCGCAUGUCAAACUUUGGGUCAAAAUAACUUUUGACUUGGAUGCUGGCUGCAGGCUGAUCACCACUGCAUAGAAAGGGAAAACGUUACAGAAUUUGCAAAUAUCGCAACACUACCAAAAUAUGUGGACUAUUGCAGAAAAAACAACACAUAAGUUGCAGUUCUCCAAGGGCUGAAUUCUACAUGGUGGGAUUUUAUUAUUUAUACUUUGAAUACAGACUUCAUUGUCUUCCACAUUAUGUGAAAUUUCGCUAUAUCGAAGGACUUCUGUACUCUAAAUGUUAAAUUAUGUUGGAGCUGUGGGUCUUGUUCUGCUACUACACAGUUACUUAUACUGUAUACAUUUCUGUUUCCCAAGGAAAGGAUUUUUGCAACCCAUUUUCCGAGAACCUUGUCAACACUUUCGUUUCUAUUCUUCUGGGAUGCUUUUUGUUUCUGUUUCCCAGAAGUUCCUGGAGGGCAGCCUUAGUCAUGGGGAGGGACCGAAAAGAGGGUAAAGGAAAGUGAAGAAAAGAGGAUCCAAAGUUGAGCUUUAUGUAGCUGAGGAAGUGGAACCCUUUGGCAGUUUCUGAUCAUGAAAAGGCACCACCAUUCGUUUGUUCACACAUUACCUUUGUAUUUCUUGGGUUUCCAAAUCUUCAAAUGUUAGCAGCAGCAUUCAGCAGAGCUGCCUGAUGACUCUGGAAGGCUCCUCUCCAGAAAACGCUGUCUGGCAGCCAUUGGUCUCAGAGAUCACUCUAAACCUCUUGUUGACUAGCUGGAUGUGCGUGUGCACAGGCAUGCACACACACAAAUAAUUACAUUUAGGACACCCAUAGUUCUUUAUUGGAAUUGAUUCCUAUAUUAUUGCUGAUGCGAAGAGUUUCUGAGUUUUAUCCAAGUUUAAUGACUCAAAAAAGAGGAAAGGGAAGGCUCUUGUGUGUAGUGUAGAAGCAAAUGCGGCAUUUAAUAUAAUCAUAGAAUUGUAGAGUUGGAAAAGACCUCCAAGCACCAUCUAGUUCAACCCCCUUGCAAUGCAGAAAUCUCAACUAAAGCAUCCAUGACAGACGGCCAUCCAACUCCAUGUGACAGCCCUUUAGAUAGUGGAAGAUGGCUAUCAUAUCGCCUCUCAGUUUCCUCUUGCCCAGGCUAAACAUAUCCAACUCCCUCAACCAUUCUUCAUAAGGCUUGGUUUCUAGACCCUUGAAGUAGUCUGGCAGGAAGAGAGCCUGAAUCCUGAAUUUUAAAAGGGAGACAGUAGAAUUUGAGGUACUAGCAGAGUUACAUGUAAACUUUAAUACACUAGAUCUAGGGUGCUUUAACAUACCCCUCCCCAGGAACAAUUAGAACUAUCAAAAUCUUUAGACAUUCCUCUGACUAAUAAGAGCCUUAGAUCACCAGAAAUCCUAAAAAGUCUCUAAUAAUGAAUUACAGAAUAUUGUGUGUGUUGUUGCUGGGGGGUUUUCGGGGGGGGAGGGAUGAUGAGCAAUCUUAAAAGAUGGGGGGAUGCAAUUAUAUUUAUCUAGCAGAAUUUCAACAAUUAAAAUGAUGGCUGUUCCAAAAUUUACUUCUCUGUUUUACACAUUGCUAUCAGUUCCUGCUUCUGCUUACCCAGUCCUUGUUCCACUGGAAAGCCAGAGGAAGGCCUGGCUUGUGAUUUGUAUACUUCUGCUGCAGAGCGCCAUCCCCAUGCCUGCUUGUGGCUGUUGUUCAUGCAGGGAAAAGCCAAGGGGACUCGCAGCUUGAGUUCCUGCCCAGUGAGGAGUGUGGCAUCAUCUGACAUCUGGACCCAGCACUUUGCUUGAUGUUUGAGGUUGCUUGUCUGCCAUCUCCCCUGACCUUGGGGGAAGCAUCCCUGGUGGGUAUUGGGGUCCCCUGGUCUUUGGACACAGAUUCCUCCUCCUCCACCGAUUCUGGACCAGGCUCGGUCCUGACAAAAAGGUUUUACAAUGCUUCUGGGAAAUGCUCAGCUUAAGACCAAGAGGCUUUCGUUUUAAUAACUGUGGUGGAUCAAAUACUGAGGACGUGUGUUUUUCUCAUACAAACCUUGGGCGCUGGAGGCCUUGUCAAGGGCUGCUCAUUUAGAGGGGCACAGAGAAGAAGACAAUCUCUUGGAUAUGAAGAGAAAUGGCUUCUGUGACUCAGAGCAGAGGUGGGGGACCUGUGGGGGACAGUUGUUGGACUCCAAUUCCUCAUCAUCCCUCACCACUGACCAUACUCCCUGGCACUUUUAGUGUUAAUGGGCCACACCUGGGGGAAUGUUGGUUGCUCCAAAAAAAUGGGAUGCUAUCCUCAGGGCUACACAUCUGGUGCACAAGAUUUAGGUACCAGGUAAGAUUUUUCCUGUUGUCUUUGUCCAUGGAGUUUUCUUGGCAGGGAUACUGGAGUGGCUUGCCGGUUCCUGCUCCAGGUGAAUCACGUUUGGUCAAAACUCUCCACUAUGACCUGUCCAUCUUGGGUGCCCUGCUUGGCAUAGUUCAUAGCUUCUCUGAGUUAUUCAAGCCCCUUCGCCACGGCAAGGCAGUGAUCCAUGAAGGAGAUCCUCAACUGAUUGGUUCAAAAUUGGGAAAGGAGUACGACAAGGCUGUAUAUUGUCUCCCUGCUUAUUUAACUUAUAUGCAGAAUUCAUCAUGUGAAAGGCUGGGCUGGAUGAAUCCCUAGCCGGAAUUAAGAUUGCCGGAAGAAAUAUCAACAACCUCAGAUAUGCAGAUGACACGACCUUGAUGGCAGAAAGUGAGGAGGAAUUAAAGAACCUUUUAAUGAGGGUGAAAGAGGAGAGCACAAAAUAUGGUUUGAAGCUCAACAUCAAAAAAACACACGAAGAUCAUGGCCACUGGGCCCAUCACCUCCUGACAAAGGUCCGUAUAGUAAAAGCUCUGGUUUUCCCAGUAGUGAUGUAUGGAAGUGAGAGCUGGACCAUAAAGAAGGCUGAUAGCGGAAGAAUGGAUGCUUUUGAAUUCUGGUGCUGGAGGAGACUCUUGAGACUCCCAUGGACUUCAAGAAGAUCAAACCUCUCCAUUCUGAAGGAAAUCAGCCCUGAGUGCUCACUGGAAGGACAGAUCCUGAAGCUGAGACUCCAAUACUUUGGCCACCUCAUGAGAAGAGAAGACUCCCUGGAAAAGCCCCUGAUGUUGGGAAAGAGGAAGGGCACAAGGAGAAGGGGACGACAGAGGAUGAGAUGGUGGGACAGUGUUCACGAAGAGACCAGCAUGAGUUUGACCAAACUGCGGGAGGCAGUGGAAGACAGGAGUGCCUGGCAUGCUCUGGUCCAGGGGGUCACGAAGAGUCGGACACGACUAAACGACUAAACAACAACAGCAAGAUUUUUCCUAUUCAUCUGGUAAUUUUAUUUAUUUUAGUUUCUUCUUCUUCUUCUUCUUCUUCUUCUUCUUCUUCUUCCCCGCCAUUCACCCUGAGGUCCCAGGGCAGGUUACAACAAUGUUAAACACAACAUUAGCAACAAUUUAAAACAACAUUAAAUCUCAAAACAAGGGUGCCUCCUAAAUAUAUAUAUAUAUAUCUCAAGUCAAUGGUCAAACGCCAAGGUAAAAGGUUCUACUGUUUCAGGUCUGAGUGCUGCUGCUGCUGUUAAAUGUAAACCACUUUGAAAAUUUUUGCUUAAAAACCCCUCAGGGGAAAAGAAAGUAAGUCAGGGGCAUAAGUAAGUAAGUAAGCAAGCAAGCAAGCAAGUAAUGAUCAAUCCCGGAUUCUGUAACUCGUCUGCCCAUUUUAGGGACUCUAGAUAAGCGGCUCUUUUACGCAAGUGCCCUCUAGGGCAAAGAGAGAUUUGCAUCCAAUCGAAUAGCUCCCGUCCCUUCUCACCUUAACUGAUGGAUGCGCUUUCCAGGUCCCUGCCGGGUGGAGCUGCCGCUUUUGCCCCCCCCCCCCCCGCGCCGUCUUUUGUUUCUGUUCUUCACUUUCGUUUCUAUUCUUCAGGGAUGCUUUUUGUUUCUGUUUCCCAGAGGUUCCUGGAGGGCAGCCUUAGUCAUGGAGAGGGACUAAAAAGAAGGUAAAAGAAAGUGAAGAAAAAAUGAUCUAAAGUUGAGCUCUGUGUAGCUGAGGAAGUGGAACCCUUUGUCAAAAUUACAAAGUGAAUUAAUACAACCUAAAAAGAAGACCAUCUCUAAAAUGUACAAUUUGCAGUUAGAGUGGGAACUGAAGGAUGAAACAACCAAAGAAGUAAUGAUAAAGUGGGCAAAGGAUUUUGGUCAUACAAUCCAACUGGAAAAUUAGGAAAGGUUGUGGAAGGUGGAUAUCAAUUUCACAGCCUGUUAUAUGAUAAAAGAGAACAUGAUGAAAAUGUUUUACCGCUGGUACCUCACUCCGGGAAAAUUGGCUAAGAUUUACAAAAAGCAGUCAAACUUAUGCUGGAGAUGUAAGAGGGAACCUUUUAUCACACAUGGUGGGGAUGUAAAAUUGUAAGGAAAUUUUGGAAAGAGGUAUAUGAGGAGCUGAAAAAAUUAUUCAAGAUUUCGUUUGCCAAAAAGCCAGAGGCUUUUUUGUUAGGCCUAAUAUCAAAUGACAUUCCCAGAGAUAAGAAAAAUGUAUUCCUUUACGCAACAGCAGCAGCCAGAAUACUGAUUGCAAAGAACUGGAAGGGGGAGGAAAUGUGCAGGGGUAAGCAAGGAAAUAAUAAAAGUAUCAGCUGAACAAUAAUUAAAUUAUAAUAACACAACAAGACGGAAGAAGUUAAAAAAAAAUUGAGAUCACACAUGGGUGGAGGGGAACGGGGGUAUAGGGGAAUCUGAAAUAUUAUUUAUAAUAUAAAAGCUUCAAUAUAAAAUUUCUAACUGUGUUGUAUUUGUAUACAGCAAAGAGAAGUUUAGAGUAAUUAGGUAUAUUUAAAUUUACUUGAUUAUGUAAUAGGUUUACGUUAGAAAAUGAAUAUGGAUGUUGAAUUUGAUGUUUGUAAUUUUUAUUUUUUCGGUUUUGGAAAUAAAAAAAAGAAAAGAAAUAAAAAAUAAAAAUAAAAAUAUAUCUCUCAAGUCAAUUGUCAAACGCUAAGGUAAAAGGUUCUACUGAUUCAGGUCUGAGCGCAUGGCUGCUGCUGCUGUUGCUAAAUGUAAACCACUUAAGAACCCCUCGGGGAAAAGAAGGGGCAUAAACCAAUCAAUCUGUAAUGAUGAUCAUGAUAAUCAAUCCCGGAUUCCGCGACUCAUCUGCCCAUCUUAGGGACUCUAGAUGAGCGGCUCUUUUACGCAAGCGCCCUCUUGCAUCCAGAGGGGGUUGCAUCCAGUCCCUUCGCUGCUGAACUGAUGGAUGCGCUUUCCCGGUCCCGGCCGGGCGGAGCUGCCGCUUUGGCCCCCCCCGCGCCGUCACGUCGGGAGGCGGGCUGGCCGGGCUUGCCCCAGCAUGUUGCUUUCGGUUUCCCCGCAGCCCGCCUUGAAAAGCCUGCCGCGCGCCGCCCAGAGUCCUCGCUGCGUUUGUUGGGGGAGUCGGGGAGCCGUAGAUCAUCCGGUGAGUUUUACUUGGCCAACUGGGGGGGGGGACCCCGGGAGUUGUCGUCUUCUUCUUCUUCUUCUUCUGUCCUCCAGUGCGCAAGGGGGGGUGGAGGAAAUGAGCUGCGGAGAGGGAAAUCGCAAGGUUCGGUUCUUCGGUUUUUUAAACCCUGGGAGGAGUGCGGUUUGCCACCCGGUUUUGUUUUGCUUUUCCCCCUCUGGAAGCGCGUCCCAAUGAUUUCCUGCCCUUGCUCCCGAGUUUGUCGGUGUGCAUUGGGGGUGAUAGCAUGUCAAUUGCUUUCCUGGACCGAAGCCCGUCAGGUUGAGCCUUCCUGCUCUCCGGUGGCGGCCGGGCGGCCUCCUCUGGCUGUGCGCGCUCACAAAGUAGAGCCGGACAGUGAGGACCUUCGCCUGUUCUUGGUCCCGCUACUUCGCACAGUAUUCAGAGGUCGUCUGCCCCAGACCAGGGCGCUCCAUUUGGCUCGCAUAGCUGUUGAUCCUGAAACCCCUGUCAGCCAACUUAAUUGUAUGUUUUAGACUUUGAGAUUCAUGAAAUUGUAUACUUGUUAUCAAUGUAUGUUGCCUUGCAAAUGUUACUGUCUUGGAAGGUCACUUAGAAACAGCUUAAACCAAAAGAUAAAUAGAUUGAAUAGUGUAUCCAACAUAAAGCCAUACUGUACUCUGAGUAGAACCACUGACAUUAAAGGACAUGAUUAGUGCUGGCCCAUUAAUUUCAAUGGGUCUUCUCAAAGCAAACAUUGGAUACAACCCAGUAAGUUUUGCUAAUAGGAGAGGAAAAUACAUAUUGCCCCACAAUGCAGUUUUAGCAGUUUGUUGUGUCUCUAGGCUCAUCCUCUCCUGUUGUCGUCUUCUGCUUAUUUUUUUUAAGCACCAGCCACUUGUCUUCUGGAACACGCUGCACUCCCUUCAUCACUGGGUUGUCCUUUUGAGUUAACUCUCUAGUUCUGUGACGUUGUGUGUGCAUGUGACAAGAAGAGCAUUCUACAUGUUUCCAUGCUACAUUCACACACUAUGCCUCCUGCUGUUUCAUUCUUGCAUGCCUUUUGAACUAGGAUUGAAUGGAGCUUUUUUCCAUUGCCAGAUGAUGAGAACAACACUUUUCAGAGAGCUUUUCACUGUGACUCCAGAAACCUUUUAUGGGCAGUGGAUUUGGACCCUAUUGGAUCUGAUGUGAAAUUAUAGAUUGCUGAGAGAGAGAAGUCUGCGGUCCAGGGCUCCUGUCCAUCGCUCCGGGAGUGGGCAUAGCCAGGGGGGCAGGGGCCGCUCCCGAUCAAAAUGACAAAAAUCAUUUUAAAGCAUUGAAAGUACUCAGUUAACUGAGGUUGUGCCCCCCCACCAAAGUCUGCCCCUUUUGGGGGGAUAUUUUUACCCAUGAUUUCCCCCAAACAACUCAACAACUCUUGAGAGGGAGGGGGGCAGCUGUCCCCCUGCCUCACCUUGGCUGUGCUCAUGCCUCAGUCUGAUUUUGUGACUGGGGUGGCCAGAGGUAGUACGCAGAGGGACAUUCUUCUUCAUCCCAUUGUCAAUCCUUUUUGGUGUAUUUAAAAGUUUAUCCAUAGUGACAGAAUGCCCCACCUCUGCCCACAGAGAGUGUCAACAUACCAAGGAUUUGCUCCUUCAAAUGGCACCUUGAACCAAUUGCUGCCUGGGAGGCAAAUGCCAACUUCAGCCUCCCUGGCCCCUCUUUGCUGCUCCUCUUCCUGCACCAGGUGUACUGCUGCCUGUCAAGAAGCCAGGAGGUGGAGUGGGCUGGUCUUGCCCUGGAGAGCAAUUGCAAGAACUCUGCUGCAUUUGCAGCUGUUUCCAGGGAGAAACCUCUGGUGUGGAGAGUUGUUUUGUGGUGGGAGUACAAAUGCAAUUUGUGCUCAAUUCGUGGUGUAUCUGGGUUGUUGCUGUUUUAUAUUUUUAUUGACGAUUUAUUCUAUUGUACUUUUGUAUUUAGGCUGUAAUUUCUCCUUUACCAGUCUGUUCACUGCUGGUGUGGGGGACUGAUGAAUUGUGCAUGGAAGUGUUGUGCAUGCAAGCCUGGGUGGAGCUGUUACCUCUGGUGAAGAGACGAGCGACUUCUGAAGUUUGGCAGUGCAGCUGAGACUGCUGUGGCAUUUGUGUGAGCUGAAGCUCUGUCUCUCCACACGUAGAGGAGAACUGCGCUCAUGUUACUGCUUUUCCUUAUGGCCUGGGGGUGUGGAUUUAAUCCCUGCUUGCGUAUAUAAAGAUUCUAAUGUUCUUUUCCUCUGUGCCAGCCAGCCAUGGCAGCUCUGCAGGACUUCCAGACAUUUGUCUUCCUCGAUCUUGAAACCACCGGCUUGCCCCAUGACCGGCCUCGCUUGGCUGAGCUCUGCCUCUUUGCUGUGCACCGCCGUUCACUCCAGUGCUCUCCGCUGCCGGGCACCCCCCAGCUACCCCGCAUCAUAGACAAGCUCACUCUCUGCGUUGAUCCCCAAAAGCCCUUCACCCUUGAAGCAGAGAGGAUUACUGGGCUGAGCAACCAAAACCUGAAGGAGAAUCGCAAAGCAGAUUUCAACAGCGGUGUGGUGGAUAUACUAAAAGGGUUUCUGUGCCGGCAAAUGGGCCCAGUCUGCUUGGUGGCUCACAAUGGCCUUGGCUUCGACUUCCCCCUGCUUCGUGCAGAGCUGUGGCGAGUGGGCACUGACCUGCCCCCGAGCACCGGCUGCCUGGACACACUGCCAGCCUUGAAGGAGCUGGAAAGAUCUCCUGGCAUGAGCUACCAGCUUGGGGCACUGUUCCGACAUUUCUAUGGACGUGAGCCUGUUAGGGCCCACUCAGCUGAAGGUGAUGUGGCCACUCUUCUGCUAGUGUUUCUUGCCAAAGCCCCUGAGCUCAUGACAUGGGCAGCUCGUAAUGCGCAGAGCUGGGGGGCGAUUCUGCCUAUGCACCUCCUAAGCAGAAGCAGGAACUGAUAGCAAGAAAGAUGACAUGACCUCUUUCCCCACAAGUGCACAUCCACACAGAUCAAACCUUGAAGUGUCCUCCUGUACAGGGCUACUUCCUGUGUGCAGUGGAAAUGUGGAAGACAUUUGUACUGUGAGAAGUUAGUGGUGUACGGCAAGGACUCUUCUUGUGCCCAGACCUUGGUUUGGGGUGUGUGCCUGCAGCAUUUCUAAUCUUGUAUUGGACACCUGUUGAUAAAGUGGCUAAUUUCUUAUCUAUCACUUGGCUCUGGGUGGGGUUUCAAGGUCAGCUGCCUGUUAAAGGAGCACUGGGAUCCCAUACAGUCUCUGAGAAUGUUUGUUUGUAAGAGAUAACAGGGGCUUGGAAAGAACCACGGCAUAGUGAAGACCCUGCAUCCCAACCCCUAUAGGAGUCCAUCCACUGCUGUUCUGAGGGGUUCCUAGGGUCUGAAGGAGCCAUAAGUAUUGCUUAUUCUGUCUGUAAUCCAGCUAGGAUAAACACCUCCUAUCCUUCACUCAUGGGUUUGGUCACUGCAUUUGGAGCCAGUAAAAGAACCAGUCCUGUUGGCAACACGCUGCAAUGACCAGCCUCAGAAGGCCAGGCAGAUGCAGCAGUUGGAGUGUUUGGCUUGGAAUUGUGGGGCUCAGUGUCACAUCUCCACCAUAAAUCUCAAUGGGUAAUUUUGGGCAAGGCACUACCUCUCAUGUCUGAUGGGCUCAGUUUUUAAAAGGUGAAACCAGUGUUGCCUAAAAACAAGUUUUAGCUACAUUUUAGUAGGUUAUUGAAAUUACUUUUGUAACUGCUUUGAAAUAGCUUAGGGGUUUAGAGAAGCCGUCCUGGUUUCUGAUUUGAUCCCAGAACGUCCUGCUUUUUCUUAUGUUCUGUUGCGGGGGGGGGGGUAACCUUUGGACUCCAUACUUUCCAUCCAGCAUGGCCAACAGGGAUGAUAGAAAUUUGUGGUCCAGCAACAUUGGGGUUUCCUGUCCCUGGUCUAAAGGUACUUUGAUGCAGCCCCGUUGCUAACAUUAGGCAUGCUUGGGGUCUGAUCAGUGCCUGGGUGGGCUACUGCUUGGAAGCCCCAUGUAUGAUGCUCUGAACUCUGAGGCUGUGGUCCCAUACACACAGUUCUGUGGGGUUUUCUGAGCAGACAUGCCUCAGAUUGCACUGCCAAGGAAACAAAGGGUAUGAAUGUGAUAAAACGAAUUAACAAGAAUAAUUUAUCCAAACUUUUUUGUAGGGGAAUUCAUUUUUAUUUUGGGGGGAGGGGGGAUAAGGCACAACCUUCUCCCAUAUGUCCACAGUGGUACCUCCGCUUAUGAACUUAAUUUGUUCUGGAGGUCCGUUCGUAACCCAAGGUGUGCUUUUGCUAAUGGGGCCUCCUGCUGCUGCUGCGCCCCCAGAGCAUGACUUCCAUUCGCAUCCUGGGGCAAAGUUCACAACCGGGAGCAUCUACUUCCAGGUUAGCGAAGUUCAUAACCCGAAGCAUUCGUAAGGAGGACGGUAUGUAACCCAAGGUUCCACUGUAUUUACUGAAGUAAAAAGUCUAUUCACUAAAUUUGGUGAAAAGGUGAUAGGGAGAAUUAUUUUUGAAAUGUGCAUGUAUGGCUAUCUUUCUACAACUCUACAUUAUAAACAAUUGUGAGGUUUUUGCAUUGUCCCUUCUUACCUACAGAAAGACAACAGAUGCCAAGGAUUUUUUUUCUUCCUGAGGUUAUAUGGAAGUAGGGUAUAAUUUAGGUGUCCCAUCAUGAAUCAUUGUAUAAAGCAGCUAUUUAAGUAUUACGAUUAAUUAAAACAUUCAGAACAUACCAAGUUACAUAUGAAUUGCCAUAAUGAACUUAUGUCUCAUGACAGUAAUCAUACUUAGCAUUUUAGAGUGUUAAUUUCCCAAAUACAUUGUUAAAUCACUGUCCUCUGUGAAGUUGCUCUCUAUUAUUAUCAAUGCACACCAGUGCUUUAUGGGGCUGAAAUUUGAUGAACUGGUGUCAAAUCUGAACGAGAAGUCCUACAAAAGAAAUUUAUGAGGCAGGUAUUGGGGCUUCCUCCUGGGACUCUGUUGGCUCAUCCGAGAGCUGAGUUGGGUCUCCCUCAAUAGCGGCCAGAAUUGAUCUAGCCUAUCUUAGCUACUGGCAUAGACUUUGAGGACCAUAUUCUCACCAAGCUCAGCUGGUUGGAGCAGCUAAGGACAGGAGGUUGGGUACAAAGUGUCAAGACAAGCUUAGGGCUUGAAAUCUCCAAGCGGGGAAAUAUUUAUCCCUUAGCGAACUUAGAAAUUGGAUAUUUGACCAUGACGCCAAGCAAGCCAGAGCAUUCACAAUCGCUGCCUGUUAUUCUGUUUGGGACCCUCAAAUUAAGGACAACCAUUCAAGGCCUCACUACCUUGGGAUGCUGACUUCCCCACAUAGGGCCUUUGCAUUGGGCCUUUGUUGAGCUUCGGUUUCAGCAGAUGCCCUCAGCAUCCUUAGAGGGGAGAUACCUUGGAAUUCCUCAGAUGGCAUGGAAACGCAUUUAUGUAAUCAGGUCGAGGAUGUCUUGCACCAUUUGUUGAUUUGCCCUUUAUAUACGGUGCCCAGAGAAUUUUUAUCUCCUAUUUUUAUUGGUUCUCAGAUUGAUACCCCCAGGAAGUGAUAGUUAAACUCUACAAAUUACUUAUCUGUAGCCAAAUUGCUCUGGCAGCUAAGAAGCUUUGCUUGUUAUAUUAAUGCAUUGUGAUUUUAAAUUUUGUGUUCUAAGCGUCUAUGCUGUAGCCUUUUAUAGACUUAUGUUUGUGAUUUUAGAGGAAUGCCUUGCUUUUGCCCUCUGUGUGUGAAGGCUUUGGCUAUAUACAAUUAAUUUAACUGAAUGAAUGCAUCAAAAAAAUAUUAACAAUGAAUUGCAGAAUAUGGGUGGGGCAGACUGAAAGCGGCUUACCGCUGGCGAUUGCAACCCUAUACUCACUUACCUGGGAGUAAGUCUGUUGAACUCCUCAAUGAACUUAGUUUUGCAUAGACACCAAUAGAUUGUGCUGAGGUAUGUUUUGAACUGGGGACUUCUUAGUUCACAGCUCAGUCUAUUAGCUGCUAUGCUCUCAUCAUUACCACCAGGUGCCUUCCAUGUUCAGUUGCUGGUUGUCAGUAUUGGCUGUUCAGGAGUAUUUACAGGUGGCUAUCUUCCUGCCUCAGUGCCUUAUAUUUGUCUCUAUUGAAUCAUGCUUUGAUUGGCCUGAUCUGCUGCUGGAUUAACUAAGACUUUUCAAGAAGUCAUUUGUGCUGCUCACCAUUGCAACAUCUUAUGGGCAGUGAAUUACAGAAAUAAUUGUGGGUUCCUCCUAGGAUAUACUUCCUGUUUAUCCUGUAAGCCUGUUGCCUGUAUAUUUCAUUAGUGGCCUGAUUUCUUGUGUGUGCCUCUCAUUUAUUCUGUUGCAAUGCCUAAUAAAAGCUCUUUUUAAAAUUGC